CCAGAGGCCCCGCCCCGUGGGCGGUGCUAUGCCCACCUAGCCGUCCGUGUCACGUGGGACUCCGCUGAAGCGGCCGCGGUGGAAGCUGGGCGGAGAUGGCGACAGUGAGGAGGGUUCUCCCGCGGAGGCUGGUGGGCUUGGCGACCCUCCGGGCUGUCAGCACCUCAUCUGUGGGUACGUUCCCAAAGCAAGUGAAAAUUGUGGAAGUUGGUCCUCGAGACGGACUACAAAAUGAAAAGAAUAUUGUACCUACUCCAGUGAAAAUCAAGCUGAUAGACAUGCUUUCCGAAGCAGGACUCCCUGUGGUAGAAGCCACCAGCUUCGUGUCUCCCAAAUGGGUUCCGCAGAUGGCUGACCAUGCUGAAGUCUUGAAAGGCAUCCAGAAAUUUCCUGGCGUCAACUACCCAGUCCUGACCCCAAACUUCAAAGGCUUCCAGGCAGCGGUUGCUGCCGGAGCCAAGGAAGUGGCCAUCUUUGGAGCCGCCUCUGAACUCUUCACCAAGAAGAACAUCAACUGCUCCAUAGAUGAGAGUUUGCAGCGGUUUGAUGAAAUCUUGAAGGCAGCUCGGGCAGCCAGUAUCUCUGUGCGGGGGUACGUCUCCUGUGUGCUUGGAUGUCCCUACGAAGGGAAGAUCUCCCCGGCUAAAGUCGCUGAGGUCACCAAGAAGCUGUACUCCAUGGGCUGCUACGAGAUCUCCCUGGGGGACACCAUCGGCGUGGGCACCCCUGGGGCCAUGAAGGACAUGCUGUCUGCUGUCCUGCAGGAGGUGCCAGUGGCAGCCCUGGCUGUCCACUGCCAUGACACCUACGGCCAGGCCCUGGCCAACACCUUGACGGCCCUGCAGAUGGGAGUGAGUGUCGUGGACUCUUCCGUGGCAGGACUGGGAGGCUGUCCCUAUGCACAGGGGGCGUCGGGAAACUUGGCCACCGAGGACCUGGUCUACAUGCUGGCCGGCCUGGGCAUUCACACGGGUGUGAACCUCCAGAAGCUCCUGGAAGCCGGGGCCUUCAUCUGUCAAGCCCUGAACAGAAGAACCAACUCCAAAGUGGCUCAGGCUACCUGUAAACUGUGAGCCACUGGGUCCCUGAGCCCUGGGGACCGUGUGGGAAUAGGGACAGCUGUGGAUGAAUCAUGGAUGGCAUGUGGAAAUGGGAAUGCGAUCAACUGGCGCAGGCACUUCACUGUCAGCUCUGCACAUGGGUCUCUCCUGGAAGGAAGGAGGUGGACAGGAGCUGCCUGGCUGCAGGCCCUUCCUGCCUGACCUGAGUAUGAGUGAGAGGUUUGGGCAGCUGGAGGUCUCCUGCCACCUGGACCCAAAGGCCCAGGAGUUGAAAGCCUGAGGGCUCUUGGGAACCCAAUUCUCUGGCCUGGGUUGAUCCUCAAGUCUCAUCUCUGGGUGAAACCUGCCAGCUGGCCACUCUCCACAACUUGCUGCUGCCAUAUUCUUGAGGGCCAUCGCUCUGACUUUGUAGGGCAAAGGGGCCUGGAGGAAUUUUUCCCUCAGCUGGCAGAGGGCACUUGGUGAAGGGGUGAGGGCUGAGCAGCUGUGGUGGCCACCUGCCAACUCCAGCACCUCUGCAAAAUCUCCACUUUGAACAUGAUUGUUGAAAACAGAUUACAUAAUUAAAGGUUUAAUGACAACCA